AUGUGUGGAGGAGCGAUCCUCUCCGACCUCAUACCGACCGCCAAGUCGAGGCGGCUGACGCCGGACUUGCUCUGGCCGGAUCUCAAAGAAGACUCACUGUACGGCUCCAAGCAUCGUAAGAAGAGGGCCCACCUUCUGGUUGAGGAGGACGACUUCGAGGCCGACUUCCAGGAGUUCAAGGAUGAUUCCGAGGAGGAGGAGGAGGAGCUGUUCGACUCUCAGCCCUUCGCCUUCGGGUCUCCCAAGGCCUUCCCUGCGCGCGGUAAUUUCUUUUAACCCGGGACGGAGAAGGAUUUACGUCCCGUCCAUCCCUAUUUUCUGUGGUCUGCCCGCGCGAGAUCGGGUAUCUCUUCGCGGUUUUCGCCGGAGAUCGAUUGCAGACGUCGUUGAUCAUACCGUUUUCCGCUAUAGAUCUCAUUAAACGUUCUGAUUUGUCGAUCCAAUGCGUUUCCCAUGUCGUUGCACAUCGCCUUGUUGGAUUAAUUUAGGGGGUUUCGCUUCUUCCUCAUGAUUUCUGGUUCCUCUACCCCAUCCCGGACCCUCCCAUCCGAUGGGGUCACCGUUGUCUCAGAGGGCCUUGAUAUGGGUUGCUUUUCUCGCUGAAGGGUUGGUCUGAUCAGCUUCUCCUAAGACUUGGAGGAGGAGGAGGAGGAGGAGGAGGAGGAGGAGAAGAAGAAGAAGAAGAAGAAGAAGAAGAUGAUGAUGAUUCCGCUUAGGAUGGACCACAAGUUUAGGGUUUCCUUUCUUUCGUGGCUUAUUGCGCUUUCCUGCCCAAGAUUGCAGCUUUUUUCAAACUUAUAGGAUCUGGGUGGGGAUACCCUUCCUCGUGAAAGUUGGGCGCCAGAGUUUUCCAUUUUUUUCUUUUUUUUUUCUUGUUGUUUGAUGUUUUCAUUCGUCCUGCGGGCGGAUGGUUCGUGUUCAUGCCCUUUCCGUUUUUUUCCCCUGAGCAGUGGAAAUCGCUUCCUAUUAUUAUUACGAGGAAUGGAAUAUUAUAACUUCUCCAAUCCCCAGCACGGUCAAACCCAUCGUCGCGAGAUUUCUGCGCAUCCAGAGACCAUGAUUUCGCGAUCGUUCUGAUCGGCCCUCUUCCCAUUCUUCCCGGUAACUCAUCGUGUGAUUUAGCAACUGAUCCUCCGUCGGCUUCCGCCGCCGAUGUUCUUUCUUGCACCAAAUCGAUCAACGGAGACGCGACACGGAUCAACAAAACAGAUCUUUCCCCGUGCUUUUAAUUAUUUGGGUCGUAGAUUUUUGAUGUAGGAUCGGGUUUUAGGCACACCCAUGGCGGAAUCCUUUUGUGGCAAAUUCCCAUCCAUCUAUCUCAUAUCUUUUGGGAGGAUCUCUGUGAACUGGAUGCCCAUCUGCUGUUCGGUCUCCAUCUGGUUUGAGUCGACGAGGGCUAACAGGUCUCUAUUUGGUGGUUCCCCCUUUUUGGUUGCAGAGGGGAAUCCAGCGGUGAAGGCUGGUGAAUUCGGGGAGCUGUCGGCGAAGAGGAAGAGGAAGAACCAGUACCGGGGGAUCCGCCAGCGCCCGUGGGGCAAGUGGGCGGCGGAGAUCAGAGACCCCCGGAAGGGAGUCCGCGUGUGGCUGGGCACCUUCAACACCGCCGAGGAUGCGGCGAGGGCGUACGACGCCGAGGCCCGCAGAAUCCGGGGGAAGAAGGCGAAGCUGAACUUCCCCGAGGGCGGCGCCGCCGCUACCCAGAAGCGCGCCGCCGCCGCCAGGGCUAACGCGUGGAGGGCCCCCGACCCGAUUCCGCCGCAGAGACCGGGCGGCGCCGACCAAGGCUCCGACUACAUGAGCGACGUGGACUCCAUCCUAAGCCUCGUGGAGGAGAAGCAGCAGCAGCAGCAGCAGCCAGAGUUCCUCAGCUCCUUCCCUGCGUCGUCGAGCUCGCCGGUGGCCAGCGGGAGAGGGCAGUGUUUCCAGUCGGACCAGAGCAGCAACACCUUUGGGUACUCGGACCUCGGCUGGGAGCGAGAGUCCAGGACGCCGGAGAUCACCUCCGUCUUCGCGGAGACCGAGGGUGUGGAGGACGCCGGAAACUCUCAGGAGAAGCAGGAGAGCGACUCCAGCGAGGAGAACACCGCCGCGAAACUCUCCGAGGAUCUGUCGGCGUUCGAGACGUACAUGAAGUUCCUGCAGAUCCCGUACAUGGAGGGAACUCCAGCGGAGCCGGCGGAAAGCCUCUUCGGCAGCGACGCCAUCCAGGACGGCGAGAGCGCCGUCGACGAGCUUUGGAGCUUCGACGACAUGCCCCUGGCGGGCCCCGUCUUCUGA